GAACCGAACCCUGGGCGUGAGCCGUCUGAACUCUGCCGGGUGGCCAAAAGUUAAGCGGGGAAGAAGAGUGAUGAAGGGAAAUCCCUCGCCGACGCAAAACGAUACCAGAUUCCAAGCCCAAAUCCACUCACCGCCGCGCCACCAUGCCGUUGCCGCGCUCCUCCGCGUCCAACCCCUUCCACUCCCUCGCCUCCACCUUCCCCUUCCUCUCCUCUUCAUCCUCAACCGCCUCCUCCUCGCCCGCGCCCGCCGCUCCCCACCUCGCCGUCCCGCUCCUCCUCCCCGUCUCCUCGGCAGCCUCGACCUCGUCAUCCCCGUCCUCAUCCGAGUCUCGCCGCGGCCCGCAGCCGCUACCGGGCGCGCGGAUGGCCGGUGCCGGCACGGCGGGAGGAGGGGGUAAGGGCGGCGGUGGCGGGGGACCUGCGUUCGUGGGCCAGGUGUUCACCAUGCUCGACCCUUCUGGGAACGGCCUCAUGGCCGUCGCCUCCCGCUUCGAGCUCCCGCGCUUCCUCACCAACAGAACUCCUACGUGGUUCAAAACAAUCUUUUCACCAUUGAAGAAGAGUGAAAAUGGUCCAGUGUUUAGGUUUUUUAUGGAUUUGAAUGAUGCAGUAUCCUAUGUUAAGCGGCUAAAUGUGCCAAGUGGCAUGGUGGGGGCUUGUCGCCUUGAUGUAGCAUACGAACAUUUCAAGGAAAAGCCUCACAUGUUCCAGUUUGUUUCAAAUGAGAAGCAGGUCAAGGCUGCCAAUAAGCUAUUGAAGUCAUUUCCACAAAGGGGCAGAAGGAAAAAACUUGGUGGUGUCCCUGUUUUUAGUGCUCAAAACUUAAAUAUUGCAGUGGCGACAAAUGAUGGAAUUAGAUGGUAUACACCAUACUUUUUUGAUAAAAACUUGUUGGACAAUAUUCUUGAAGCUUCAAUGGAUCAACAUUUCCAUUCAAUAAUGCAAAACCGCCAUACACAACGUAGGAGGGAUAUUGUUGAUGAUAGUUUAACAUCUGAGAUAAGUGAAGAAAGUGUUGACAGCUUGCUUGAGCCCCCAGAGGUACAAGAACUGAUGAAUGAGAUAGGUCCAACUGGAAUACCAUUGAGUGUUGUAACAAAAGCUGCAGAGAUCCAGUUUCUUGAUGUUGUUGACAAAGUUCUUCUAGGAAAUAAGUGGUUGAGAAAAACUGCUGGCAUACAACCACAGUUCCCUUAUGUUGUUGAUUCAUUUGAAGAAAGGACUGCUGUUUCAAUUGCCGAUAUUGCUACUACUAGCAGGAAUUUUACUGCUUCUAAGGAUGAUAACUGCUACCAAAAUAAUCAGCAAUCUCAAUCUUCGGAGCCGAAUAUUGACAACAGCAACUACAGAAAUCACAAUGACCCAGAUCAUAAUCAAUUUCACUUUCCAUUUAGCAAUCUGCUUCCAAAUAUAUGGUCAGGGCAUGACAGAAAGUUUAAAGCACAAGAAAGGGACAGCAAAUUCAGCAGAUAUGAUGCUGGCAUGAACAAUGACUUACCAGCGAACCCUCUUCUUCCCAAAAUCACCAUGGUUGGCAUCUCAAUGGGUGAAGGUGGCCAGAUGAGCAAAGCCGAUUUAAAGAAGACAAUGGAAGACUUGACGAAAGAGUUAGAGCAGACAGGUGAAAAAACUACCUUCAACGAAGAGAAAGACCCACUUUUUGUUGCCAACGUCGGUGACUACUCCAGGAUAACAAAGAUCAGCUCUACGUGAGACACAAUGACGAACAAUUUCUAACCAAAUCAACUGAACAUGUUGAUGCGAAUCUCGGAGGACCCCACUGAUCUAAUGAUAUAAAUGUCCGGAGGUCUUCAGAUCCUUUGCACAUCGAUUGUCCUCAGUUUGGACUUAGGAGGCAAUCCAACGUUGCUGUGAUGUCCGCUCGAUGGUACGAGCCAAUUUUUCCAGGGAACCGCAUGCAUACGACUAGGCUAUUAAGAAUUUUGGAGACGAUGAUUUGUGGAAGAAUGUUUGUGAAUAUAAAGUUUAAUCCCAAUGUAUGUAUGUAUGUAGAACAUGCAGCCCAAUGUGUGUAGGGUAGGCAGGCAGCAAGGUAGCGUUGAAACGAAUGUUGAUAAGGUGUUCCAUUGUGGAUAGCUAGUUUUAUUUUGUUGGGCACAUAAAUACUUCGAACCAUAUCAACUUUACAGCUUGUUCAAAGCAUAUGCUAUUGGGCCU